ACUUCAGCAGGCGUUGAGAAAACGAAGCAACGAACAGCCGCAAACGCGUUGCUGCCUCUGAAACAAGGGUGCCAAGUCUGGUCCCAAGCCAUUCUGGUUGUGUGUCGUAGGUCGUCUGUCUGGUUUGCCGUCGCAGGAUAACGCCAAGGAAGGAUUGUCGUCCGGAGUGCUGUCACGCGAUUCGAGCUCGUAGGCCCCUCGUAAGCUUUUGUCGGUCAAUACUCGGGAGCAGCUGCACGGUCCGCCGCCAAAACCCUCUUUGCCAACAAAUUCACACGCUCGCCGCGUACGAAAAAGGACGAUAAAAUGCAGGCUCGAAGCGUUAUCCUGAACGCCAAACAGACCGUCGAUGCAUUGCGGACACUGGUCGGAACUGCAUCGCCGAAGAAAACCAUCACGAAGGCGGCCACUUCGGUCGCGGUGCAAUCGCUCCAGGCACGCGAAUAUCAUGAGGUGACGGGCGACAUAAUCGUACCGUCGAUGGUGCAGGGCAUCGAUCAUUUGCGCGAUCCGCGCCUAAACAAGGGUCUCGCUUUUACGCUGGAAGAGCGUCAAAUUCUCGGCAUCCAUGGUUUGCAGCCGGCCCGGUUUAAGUCGCAGGAGGAACAGCUGGAGCUGUGCCGCAUUUCGAUUUCGCGCUACCAGGAAGAUCUGAACAGGUACCUUUAUCUGGUCGAUCUGCAGGAUCGUAAUGAGCGGUUGUUCUUCCGGUUGAUAUCGGAGGACGUGGAGAAAAUGAUGCCGAUCGUGUAUACGCCCACCGUCGGAUUGGCGUGUCAGAAGUUUGGCUUGAUUUAUCGCCGACCGCGCGGUCUCUUCGUGACGAUCAAUGACCGUGGUCAUGUGUACGACGUACUGCGCAACUGGCCGGAACCGGACGUGCGUGCGAUCGUCGUUACGGAUGGUGAGCGUAUUCUGGGUUUGGGUGAUCUGGGAGCCUGUGGUAUGGGCAUUCCGGUCGGUAAGCUGGCCCUGUACACGGCACUCGCCGGUAUUCCACCGCAUCAGUGUCUGCCGAUCGUGAUCGACGUUGGCACGAAUAACAAGGAUCUGCUCGAGGAUCCUUUGUACAUCGGUCUGAGGCACAAGCGCGUACAGGGCAAGGAGUACGAUGACUUCAUCGAUGAGUUUAUGCAGGCUGUGGUGAAGCGUUACGGCCAGAACACGCUCAUCCAGUUCGAGGACUUUGGUAAUCAUAAUGCUUUCCGCUUCCUGGACAAGUACCGCAACACGUACUGUACGUUCAACGACGAUAUUCAGGGCACGGCAUCGGUAGCCGUGGCUGGACUACUGGCCUCAAAGCGCAUAACGGGCAAGCGCAUCUCGGAGAACACGUUCCUGUUCCUCGGUGCGGGUGAAGCUGCCGUCGGUAUUGCCGAUUUGGUGGUGAAAGCAAUGCAAGCGGAGGGUGUUGGCUUGCAGGAGGCACGCGAUAAGAUUUGGAUGUUCGACAUUGACGGUUUGCUGGCCAAGGGCCGCCCAGAGGGUCGGCUCGGUGGGCAUAAAGCGUACUAUGCCAAAGAUCACAGUGUGAUGAAGAACUUUGCCGAUGUGGUGAAGGAGGUUAAGCCGUCGGUGUUGAUCGGUGCAUCGGCUGCGGGUGGUGCGUUUACGCCAGAAAUUCUGCAGGCCAUGGGCGAGUUCAACGAGCGGCCAAUUAUUUUCGCUCUGUCCAAUCCCACCUCGAAGGCGGAAUGUACGGCCCAGGCAGCGUACGAUAAUACGGAGGGUCGCUGUAUUUUCGCCUCUGGAUCACCGUUCCCCCCGGUGAAGUAUGGUGGAAAGACAUACAUCACCGGUCAGGGUAACAAUGCGUACAUCUUCCCGGGUGUUGCACUGGGUGUCAUCGUUACCGGCACGCAUCACAUCCCGGAGGAUAUGUUCCUCAUCGCUGCACAAGUCGUCGCGGAUCACGUGGCCGAAGCGGAUCUGGAGAAGGGUUCGCUUUAUCCUCCGCUAAGUGCCAUUAAGGAUUGCUCGAUGGACAUUGCAGUCGGAGUUACAAACUACGCAUAUCAGAAGGGUCUCGCCUCCACCUAUCCGGAACCCGAAGAUAAGAAGUCGUACAUUGAGUCGCACCUGUACAACUACAACUACGAGAGCGCCAUGCCCGUUACCUGGCCGUGGCCGAAGCAACAGGAAGCAGCGAAAACUCGGGAAAUUAACCCGACCAAGCUUCAGGCAUAAGCUGCGGAACCAUCAAUGGGGAGUUUUAUUUCCAUCUGCAUCAGUUUCCACCAGUAUUUAUGUUGUCAACGUUAUUAGGUCAUUUAUUUAUUUUAACCGCGUCGCUCUGUGUUAGCCGAUGCCGCCACGUUCAGUCUAUUACUACUUACCAUCCUGCAGGCCGUGACCUCGUUGGAAACGGGAAACUGGAUUAUAGACGGCACCAUGGAGAGUGGAAAAUUGCAACGAUGUUCCUUUUUUUAACAUAAUAACCUACCAAGUACCACUCCCUAACGAUAAGAGUUAAAUCUGUACGAUUGGUUGGAAAAUGUCUCACCACAGUGCUCCCGGACUCGGAAACGAGGUUAAACGGUCCGUUAUAGAUAAAAUCUCUUAAAAUUCAGACAAGGAAGCAAAAUUCUAGAUGAAAGACCGCGACUAGCAACUGUUUGUUUUUAAUUGAAUUCGUCCGGUUUCUUGUUGAUGUGCAAACGACCGCGCUGCCACACAAACACAUUUGUUGUGAAAGUAAAAUAAACGUAUAAGAAAAACUUACCGAGCAAAACGUUUCGGUACUCGAUAAUUGCAAUAAAAUGAAACGUUUUAUCAGACACAGAUAAAUGCUCUGGAAGGAGAA